AUGCAGAGUAGGAAUGAUGUCAUUCAGCCUCCAAAACAUAUCGAGGAGCAUCCACAGCCGGAAUGCACUGUUGCGGAGAAUGACAAUGGUGCGGACCAUGAGCCAUUCUCGAUAUAUUCAAGCAAACAGAAGAAAAUGAUGGUCGUCUGCGCUGCAUCCGCUGCCUUCUUUUCUCCCGUGACAGCAAGCAUCUACCUCCCUGCGCUGAACACAAUCGCAGAUGAUCUGCGCGUGUCGAACACCCAGAUUACUCUUACAGUUACCACAUAUCUAAUUUUGCAAGGCAUCGCUCCAACCUUCGUUGGAGGAUUUUCCGACUCGGCUGGUCGGCGCCCGGCGUACAUCAUCUGUCUGGUCAUCUACAGCGUCGCCAACCUCGGACUCGCGCUGCAGCGGAGUUACCCGGCGCUGUUGGUUCUGCGCAUGGUUCAAAGCUCGGGCAGCAGCGGGACGGUCGCCCUGGCAAACGCGGUGGUUGCCGAUCUGGUCACGUCAGCAGAGCGAGGCUCGUACAUUGCGUACACGUCCGUGUCCUCGAUCCUGGGGCCGGCACUCGGGCCGAUCCUAGGAGGCGUUCUGUCGCAGUACGUCGGUUGGCAGUGGAUCUUCUGGUUCUUGCUGAUCCUGUCCGUGGCCUUCUUCACUCCGUUCCUGCUCUUCAUGCCCGAGACGUGUCGCAAGAUCGUUGGCAACGGAUCGAUACCGCCGCCAAAGCUGAACCAAUCCAUCCCGACGCUGCUGAGAGACCGACGGCUAAGGCGGACGGGUGAAGCGGCACCGUUUGAGAGGCGCGACGAGCUAGCAAAGCGGAGAAAUCUGCAAUUCCCCAACCCUCUGGACGUGAUUGGUAUGGUUUUCAGCAAGACGGCAGGCCUCAUAUUGCUGUCGACCGGCCUGCUGUUUGCGACGUUCUAUCUGCUCACCGCUGCGCUGCCGUCGGAGUUUCAUCGACGAUAUGGUUUAUCUGAUCUCCAGAUCUCACUGAUUUAUCUGCCGAUAGCGGUGGGCAGCACGCUAUCUGCCUUCACGACGGGGAAACUGGUGGACUUGAACUACAGACGUCACGCGAAAAGACUUGGUAUUGCAACCGAUUACAAUCGGCAGGACGACUUGACCGAUUUUCCAAUUGAGAGAGCACGGAUCGAGAUCAGCGGCCCUGUAGGGGUCGUCGGUGUUCUUUCAGUGGUGGGGUAUGGAUGGAUGCUGGACGCCAAUGUCUCCAUUGCCGGUCCAUGCGUCAUGCUGUUUGUCUUUGGGUACGCCAUGUCCGCGUUGUUCAACACCAUGAAUAUUUUGAUGAUCGACCUCCAUCAGGGAAAGCCUGCCGCGGCAACAGCUGCCAACAACUUGACACGCUGUCUGCUUGGGGCCGGCGCUACGGCCGCAGUCAUCCCACUGACGGAUAGCAUAGGAACGGGAUGGGUGUGCACCUUGGUGGCGGUACUCUGGGGCGCGCUGAGCUUUCCAAUGCUGAUAUGGCUGAUGCAUGCAGGACCAAGAUGGCGGAAGCAAGCCAAGGAGGCAAGGGAAAAGUCAAGGUCCGAAGCAGUUGAGGCUGCAGCGGACAUCUCACGUGAGGUGGCAAGCGUGACGGUACAGACGGACGGAGAUAUGGAAAGCAAAAAGGACGAGAAGCAAUCGGGCGCUUGACGCAAAACAUCGGCAUUACAUAGGCAUCCGCAACAUCUCCGUCUUGGUCCAAAACUUGCGCAUGUUCUCCG